AUGCAGUGCUUCAUUUGCGUUAUUUAUAUGAUAAUAUUAUGCACCGCACAACCACCUAAGGAUCGUAAAACAGCAACUACCCACGAGGAACGAUCACUUUUCCAUGAUGUCAUCGAGUCUUUACGAAUUCGGUCACAGCUGCCUGAAGAAAUCAAUCACACUGACGAUAACAACCUAUCCCAAUACUACGAAAAUUACGCCUAUGAAAAUGAGCCUGCCGAAAUUCCAAGUGUCAUGGACUUCAUACCACGGAGAAACGAUAGAAUUGAAAUGCCAUCACUGAAGUACAGAUUUCCUAAAAGCAUGCAAGCUAACGAAAGUGAAUUUAAAAUGGAGAAAAAGAAAGAAGAUAUAGUUAUUUAUGUUAGUACACCAACUGAACGAUCAGAACCUAAAUCUACAACGCAAAAGUCAAAAAAAGAACCAAAACCAAACAGUAAAGUGAAUUUUGUUAAAAAUAACGAAGAUAUACCUGAGUCUGCAACUGAUGUAAUUAAAGACGAUUACAGGCCAUUUAUAAAUAAAAUGGAAGAUUUGAGCCAAAUAGGAAACAGAGAAUAUCAAACAAUUAUCAAGCCCACCGUUAUCGUAAAUUUUCGUGGCACAGUGAGUCACAGAGAUGGUGAAAUAAGGCUAGAAAAACGAAAUAAUCCAAAAAGGAAACAGGACACAGACGAAGCAAGAAAUAUAUUCAAUAUUAGUCAAGAAAUAAAAUUAGAAAGACCAAAUGGCAUUGUUGAUGUUGAAGGAAUGAGACGCUUCCAUAACAAAGUUAAACAAAACGUUAAUGUUGUUUCAAACAAUUUAAAAGAAAAAGUUGAUGAGAAUAUGACAAUGUGUCAAACAUCUAUCUCAUCUUCGGAAGAAAAUGAACGCAACGCGCGAGAAAAUGAUAACGUUUUUCAAAUUGUAGUUACAGUGUAG